AGAAGCUUAAAUUAAAGGAUGGAGAAGAAGAAGAUGGGGUUUUCAAUCUUAGAUUAUUGCAAGCAUGAUUUUCAUUUGCAAUUAUCUAUUUAGGGGUUUCAUAACAAAUUUGAGAAGUAUAUUUCAUCGACGACCAUCUUCAUCUGCACAACUUGAAACAUCUCAUUACCAACAUGGUAUUCCUGGGAUUCCUACUGAUGGUAAAGUUGUUUUGCUCAAGAAUUCCAGCAAUGGGGCUCUACUCUAUCUAAUUGGAACUGUUCAUGGUUCUGUACAGGGUGCUGAAACCGUCAAGGAGGUGAUAGAUUAUGUAAGGCCUGAUGUUGUUGCGGUUGAGCUGUGCAAGGAGCGUGCCAUGGCGAUCAUGGAGUGGAAACCUGAAGAUGAUACAUCAUUGUACAUGUUGUUCCGCAGAUCCAUGAGAGCUGCAGGUGGACUGUGCAUGAAGUUUGUUAUCUUUAUUGAGAGUUGUCGGGAGCGCCGAUCGCAUGCAAAUGGUAUUUUUCCUGGCCUGGAGUUCAAGGUUGCAAUCGAAGAAUCUUCUAGAGUAGGAGCAAGAUGUUUCUACAUCGAUCAAGAUAUGGAUGUUACUCUUCAACAAUUAUGUAAAGUAUCCACUUUUUACUGGCUUUGGAGUGCAUAUAGUACUGGAGUAAGGGGCGAAGUCAAAUAUACAAGAUCCUUUGUGCAGGAAAUGCAUAGCUUUCAGAAAGAACUUAGUCCAGAGAUUUUUAAGGCGAUGAUUGAAGAUAGAGACAAGUUUAUGUUUACGAACCUUAGAAGUUUUCAAGGAAAAGUUGUAGCAGCGGUUGGGAUGGGUCACAUGGAUGGAAUUGAACUAUUGUGGAAGCAAGAGGAGGAGGAUGACAAUAGCAGCGUCUUUAUAACUGUAAUUGAGGGUGGCCACGGACAUUCAGAGUAGGGUGAAGACAAAUUGUUUGGGGAAGUUUCAGUCUAUGCUGUUUCGAAUUGGAAUUUUGUAAACAAGGUCGGUUUUAUCAGGCCAAGCUAGGACAUCAGAUCUUCUUGCAUAUGCAAAGUUUGCAAAAUAUAACAAUUCAAAAUGAUAUGAUCAUUACUGACACUCAGAAUAAGUCUUGUUUCUAGAUUGUGCGUGUAAGUAUUGUUAUAUUAUUUCGCAAAGCUUGUUCUACUACCUAAUGUGGCUUAUAUGAGUCAAGCUGUUCACCUUAACUAGUCAAAGACUCGUAUCCGGGAGUUUGAUCUAGUAUGUGAAUGUUUUUGAU